AUGUCUUUUAUCCAGUCGGGGUAUCAGCAUCAUCCUCCCAUCUCGAACACCGACUACAGCAAAUUUAGCCCUCCUUUGAAGGCAGAGCAUGGUACUUUUUUUUUCAAUUGCAUUGGCUGAUAUUUUUUAACCUGUACAUUCUCAGGCUUGCCCUCAACUUCAUCUAUUGGGGAUGAUCACUUUAGCAAUGUUUCCCCAGUUUUGGGCUCAAAUUCUCCGCAGGAUCCUCUGGCAGGUGCCCUUCUUGGCUUGUCAGAGUGAGUGGAAUCAAUAAAAUGACCGAAAAAAUUUUUUUUUCUUUUGGAAUUUUCUGCAAAUUCACGGAAACUUAGACAUUUUUUGCGAGUUGAUCCCUUUCAAAAUGAUCCAGGCUUUCAAAUGAUGUGUUUUUUUGUGAAAUACCGUGAAAUUCCUUUCCUUGUUAUAUGAGAAAUAUUAGGAAAAGGUUUCUUCUUUCAGUAUAAUCACGAAAACUUUGAUUUCUCAUCCCUGCGCAGUUGUGCGGCGACAGUGUCAGGUGCGUAAAAAUAUUAUUAUUUUAUUUUUGAUAAAGAAAUGUAACUUUUUCAAAAUUCAAGCGGUUAACAGGUUCAUCAAUUUGCUCGAAGUGCUCACAUCACCCCAAUAACUCUCGUCCCGGUGCUUUGUAAUGCAGUGGCCAAAGAAGUUGAUAUUUAACUUGGGUUCACUUUUUCAAUCCUCUUUUCAGGGUAUCCAAACUUUUUGGAAAGGGGCCAUUGGCUCGAGUGUAAUCUGGGGAUUGUCAAAUGUGACCGAAAUCGUUAUAGGCGACCUUUUCGGUCUCCCCAGGUAGGAUAAUUUCCAAUAAAAGAAUCAAAUUUCAUCUUUUUAAGAAACAUCGUUACCAGCGGUAGUUCGGAGAAGUACUGGAAGCACGUGAUUUUGAAGGCGUAUGUUGGAAAUUUCAUUUUAUUUCUUUCAAUGAGUUUUUCAGAUGUACAUAUUUUGUGAUGACGCCUUUCUACGUUUCUUCUUUCAUUGAAACUGUCAGGGUAGGUUUAUUUUUCACAUAGAAGUUCAUGAAGUUUCGUCACUAUUUUUUUAGUAAAAUUUAUUCCUAUGACAAAAAAAUGUCAAAUAAAACAAAGUACAAUUUUUCAUCGGGAGCCUUUUUGUUAAGUGAAUAUCCUGCCUUUUUUUCGCAAUUUUUUUCAGUAUUUUUUUAGGUUUUAGCACAAUAAUUAAAAAUAACUGGAUCACAAAAUGCCGAAUGAACUUGUUCAAAAGUGAAAAAAAAACGAAAAUUUGAGGGCUCCUGCUUGCAACUGUUCCAAUAAUGCUCAGAAUUUGCUAUUUCAAAUUGAAAUUAAUCUAAUUUUCAGAGCGAAUCGGGACUCGGAAGCGAUGAUAAUAGAGUUAUGGACGUUCUGGUGAAAGGAGUUGAUAGAUUACGGUUUACUGGAUCAGAUUACAUUUUUUUAAAGUUUUUUUUUCCAGUUUGUUUGUAUUUUCCGGUCGAGACCCGUCAAGGCGCUUUUCUAUACUCCAUUUGGCGGUUCCUACUGUUGGCUACAGGUUUGGUUCUUGAAUUAUAAGACAAUAAAGACACAGAAAAUUUUCAAAUUUGAAAGUUGGUCAUAUAAUGAAGUCGAGAAAUGUAACAGUGAUCUUUAUUUUGUGAAAAAAAUUUCAAUGGCUGAAGUAAAAAAAAAUUAUUAUUGGGAAAUUUCAGAACGACCCAUUAUAUCAUCCAAACGGCAUUGUAUAAUCAGUUUUUCCGUAUGGCCAAGCGAUACGUGGUAAUUUACAAUUAUAUUCGACUAUUUUAUGAAUUUUUUCAAGAAUCGAAAGCCAGAAGUGGAACGAACAAGGUUCCACGAAUACCUGCCGCAGCUCUUUGCCCAAAUGACGUCAUCAGUGCUGACCGACCUGAUCCUCUUCCCCGUGGAAACCAUACUUCACCGCAUGUAUAUCCAAGGUUCUUAAUUUUUUUUUUCGAAAGAUUAGAAAUUUUUUGUUUUAUCAGCUUCAACUUGAAGAAUUAUUGCAUAGAUCCUCUCAAAAAUGCGAUUUUUCUUUUUUUUUUUUGUGACUUCUUGUUUACAAUUUACAAUUUACAAUUUAUUCAGUCUUCAGAGUAAGAUGUAGAAAAAAUCUCUGCUGAAUCAUGGUAUGAUCGAAGAGUUAGUCGUUGGCGCGGAUUACGGUCCACAAUCGUUGUCCAAUAAGUCCCGGCGUGACAGCUGGAGUUGGGAAAUAAUGUGAUCCCGUGGGUAGUGCCAGCGAAUAAACUGCUUCACCAUGUUGGAACAGUACAGCGCCCAGCUUGUCCAGGGCUGACGGGCGUCGGAAUAUUAUCCCAUGAGAGAGCGGCAAUGAGACCGACUAGUCGACGUGAUGAAAUGAGAUAAUAAUAAUAAUAAUAAUAAUAAUAAUAAGACUUCUUGUGAUUUUUGGUUAAUUAAUUUCCAUUUUGAAAUUUCGUUUCCGUAUGAAAUAUUGUUUCAAUGAAAAAAAGAAGGAAGUAUCUUUGAGUUUCCCUUUCUCUUAACUUCGUAUAUUCACACUUAAGUUCAAAAAAAACCCCGAACUUCCUAGUUUUCAUUAGUAUUUUUCGAUAACAACUCUAGAAAACUCGAGUCUGAAAAAAACUUUGAUUACUUCCUCUUGUCAAACAAAAUCUAGGAGUGGGCUGUUGGAAAAAAAUUUAGAACUGGAAAAUUACAGAAAUGCUGUUCUAAAAAUAAAUUGGUUUAUUCAGUGCUUUUUUGAAAAAUUCAAACUUUACACCAAAAAAUAAGACGAAUUUUUAAGGUACGAGAACUUUGAUCGACAACAUGGACACGGGGGUUUCUGCGGUCUCGAUGAGCGUCAAGUACAGCGGAUUUUUCAACUGCCUCAAACAAGUCGUCGAACGGGAAGGCGUUCGAGCCCUUUACGCGGUACAAAGGCUUUUUUUUGAGGAAAAAGUAGUGGUGGUUGUUUUAAAAGUUCCAAAAUACAAUGAACAAUAUCUUAUUUAAUUUUGUCGCUACUAAGAAGCUUUUUGGAAAAGUCUGAUGAAGCUUAGUUCUCUAGAAGUUGAUAUUCGAAAAUUCCUAAUGGGGAAAAAUUCGCCAUUUUCGGAGUUAAUUUUGUGACUUUGAGGGUGUCGGAGCACUGGCGCUGGAGUACAUGCUUCAUUCGGGGCUGCAGCAGCUGGUCCGAGCCUGCUUCGACCGAGGCUCCGAGAUGCUGCGUCGCGCGACCAACAGCCAGGCCACCGUCCUGUCCCCUCCGCUCACUUCCAAAAACAGCUUUUCAGGUAACGAACAGGUUUUCGUUAUAUCGCAGCCGAUCUUGACUUUCAGGUUUCGUCUCCGGUCCCCUUUCUGGUCCUUUCGCCCAGCAGCCGAUGUCUCCAAUCACAGUGAACAGAUUGUGAGUUUCACUUAUCUAGGGUUAUGUCUUGCUCAAGUUGCGAUUUGAAACUGGAACAUAUAUUUCUACUUUUCGAAAAAAUUUUGUUAACUUUCCGGGCUUUCAUUCAAAUUGAAGCGUCGUAAUAAUUAUUAGAGAGUUUUUCAACGGUCUUGGCUUUUUUUUUAAAUGAAAAACUCAUCAGGAUUUAGUUGCGAAGUGAUAAAGCUGAAGAAAAAUAUAGUUUGAAUAGAUCAAAACCUAACCUUUUACUUCCUGAAAAUUUACGGCUUAGAUAACAUUUGUUUUCACAAUUUUUCCCGCUCAAUUGUUUUUUAUUUGAUUGAAGUUCAAAAAUACUGUGUCAUUGAGUAAAGAAAAAAUUUUUGGCUCUUUUGUCAAUAGAAUAGAUAAUAUUGGGCAGGCCGUUGAACGUUUCGUCUCCGCCACGAGAUCCGACGCAGUUCCCGACGUUCGGAGAAACCGUUUCCCAACUAAACAGUCCAUAUGGUCCCCCUCCUCCGUUUGGAACUUCCUCCAGAUCUAACGUCUUCGGUAGCCCACCAAACAGGUAAAAUUCCCAUGUUUUCUUGCGGAAUUUCGGUUUUUUUUUCUAGUUGAUUAAUGUGAAAGUAGAUUUGAGGUGUGAAAAAACUUACGAAACGCUACGAACAUCCAGGAAAGAUUAAAAAUAUCUUUUGGGAAAAAUCCUCUUCUUUUUCCUUCUCCUCAUCGUGAUAUAUGCCCAUAAUAGAAUGAUAACGCUUUCAGAUAAGCCUCAGCCGUAUAAGAAUAAGCAAAAAUAAAAUUCUAUUAUCAAAAUUGAUAAUGAGCCGGUCAUAACCCUCGUGUUUUCCAUUUUUUGUGUAACUUCAUUAUAACUCAAAAGAAAUUUCCAUCAUUAUUUUAGACUUGGCAGAUUUUUGAGAAGUGUAAUUAUAUACAAGAAAAAUUAUGAUUGUAAAUUAAAAAGGAUGAGUCACUUGUUUUUUCACAUUUCUUCUGUUCCAUUUCUUAAUCUCACCCCAGUAAACAAAAUAUAUAAUUUUUCGUUUUUUUUUUCUCAUUUCCCAUCCUCUGAGCUCCCUCAAACCACAUAUAUUCUGUAUACGUUUCCCAUAAGAGGUGAUAAUUACGGAUCACUUGGACGGGGUGUCAAAAUUGACACUUCGAAUUGGCAGUCACCCAAUUUCUCCCUUUGCAGACGCGACUUUGCGGACGAUUCGUCGAAAAACGCGCUGCCGCCGUUGAUUCUCAAAACGGAUUCUGAUCCUUUCUCUGGCUGA